GAAAUUGGUCGAAUGGAUAUUGCACAACUACUCAUCGAUCAUAAAGCCUAUGUUAAUGCAAGAAGUAAAAACAGCACGACGCCCCUUCACGUAGCUGCAAAAUUUGGUAAACCGGAUAUUGCCAGACUUCUCUAUAAUCACGGAGCUUUUGUUAAUUUAGUAACUGAUGAUAAAUGGUCAGCGCUCCAUUUCGCUGCAGAAAAGGGUUAUAAGGAUAUGGUUGAUCUUCUCAUUAAGUGGAGAGCUUCGAUUUUAGCAAAAACUAACGAUAAUUGGACGCCUCUCCAUUUUGCAGCAAAAUCUGGUCAAAUGAAUAUUGUUGA